UUUGACCACUAGGUUUAAUGGGUAUUAUGACUCAUGCUGUGGUAAUAACUCUAUAAGCCCUCCAUGGAAUGAGUUUGACACCCCUGGCCUAGGCCAAUAUGAACAAAGAUGUCGGCAAAUUCUCUGAAGAGCCAAAAAUAAAUCUGAUAUUUCUCGAUCCUAUUUCGACAGGUUCCACAUCAAAAUAUCAAUCAUUCAUUUCCUGAAUAUGUUAGAUGAAAUAGCUUACUUUUUGAAUCAUAGGCUACCAUCGCAGUUGUAUUACUUGGUUGUAUAUUGUCUAGAGCCCUGCUGCUAAUGGGCGGCAGGUAUCCUAGCGGUUAGAGACGUCAAGGUCAAAAGGUCAAAAAUCUGUCUGUGUCCUUGAUUGAGGCACUUAACCCUAAUUUGUUCCAGGGGGCGCCGUACUACUAUGGCUGACCCUGUAAAACAACACAUUACACUGGACCUAUCAUACUACUAUGGCUGACCCUGUAAAACAACACAUUACACUGCACCUAUCAUACUACUAUGGCUGACCCUGUAAAACAACACAUUACACUGGACCUAUCAUACUACUAUGGCUGACCCUGUAAAACAACACAUUACACUGGACCUAUCAUACUACUAUGGCUGACCCUGUAAAACAACACAUUACACUGCACCUAUCAUACUACUAUGGCUGACCCUGUAAAACAACACAUUACACUGGACCUAUCAUACUACUAUGGCUGACCCUGUAGAACAACACAUUACACUGGACCUAUCAUACUACUAUGGCUGACCCUGUAAAACAACACAUUACACUGCACCUAUCAUACUACUAUGGCUGACCCUGUAGAACAACACAUUACACUGGACCUAUCAUACUACUAUGGCUGACCCUGUAGAACAACACAUUACACUGCACCUAUCAUACUACUAUGGCUGACCCUGUAAAACAACACAUUACACUGGACCUAUCAUACUACUAUGGCUGACCCUGUAAAACAACACAUUACACUGGACCUAUCAUACUACUAUGGCUGACCCUGUAAAACAACACAUUACACUGGACCUAUCAUACUACUAUGGCUGACCCUGUAAAACAACACAUUACACUGGACCUAUCAUACUACUAUGGCUGACCCUGUAAAACAACACAUUACACUGGACCUAUCAUACUACUAUGGCUGACCCUGUAAAACAACACAUUACACUGGACCUAUCAUACUACUAUGGCUGACCCUGUAAAACAACACAUUACACUGCACCUAUCAUACUACUAUGGCUGACCCUGUAAAACAACACAUUACACUGCACCUAUCAUACUACUAUGGCUGACCCUGUAAAACAACACAUUACACUGCACCUAUCAUACUACUAUGGCUGACCCUGUAAAACAACACAUUACACUGCACCUAUCAUACUACUAUGGCUGACCCUGUAAAACAACACAUUACACUGGACCUAUCAUACUACUAUGGCUGACCCUGUAAAACAACACAUUACACUGGACCUAUCAUACUACUAUGGCUGACCCUGUAAAACAACACAUUACACUGCACCUAUCAUACUACUAUGGCUGACCCUGUAAAACAACACAUUACACUGCACCUAUCAUACUACUAUGGCUGACCCUGUAAAACAACACAUUACACUGGACCUAUCAUACUACUAUGGCUGACCCUGUAAAACAACACAUUACACUGCACCUAUCAUACUACUAUGGCUGACCCUGUAAAACAACACAUUACACUGGACCUAUCAUACUACUAUGGCUGACCCUGUAAAACAACACAUUACACUGCACCUAUCAUACUACUAUGGCUGACCCUGUAAACAACACAUUACACUGGACCUAUCAUACUACUAUGGCUGACCCUGUAGAACAACACAUUACACUGCACCUAUCAUACUACUAUGGCUGACCCUGUAAAACAACACAUUACACUGGACCUAUCAUACUACUAUGGCUGACCCUGUAAAACAACACAUUACACUGGACCUAUCAUACUACUAUGGCUGACCCUGUAAAACAACACAUUACACUGGACCUAUCAUACUACUAUGGCUGACCCUGUAAAACAACACAUUACACUGGACCUAUCAUACUACUAUGGCUGACCCUGUAGAACAACACAUUACACUGGACCUAUCAUACUACUAUGGCUGACCCUGUAAAACACAUUACACUGCACCUAUCAUACUACUAUGGCUGACCCUGUAAAACAACACAUUACACUGCACCUAUCAUACUACUAUGGCUGACCCUGUAAAACAACACAUUACACUGCACCUAUCAUACUACUAUGGCUGACCCUGUAGAACAACACAUUACACUGGACCUAUCAUACUACUAUGGCUGACCCUGUAAAACAACACAUUACACUGGACCUAUCAUACUACUAUGGCUGACCCUGUAAAACAACACAUUACACUGCACCUAUCAUACUACUAUGGCUGACCCUGUAAAACAACACAUUACACUGCACCUAUCAUACUACAAUGGCUGACCCUGUAAAACAACACAUUACACUGGACCUAUCAUACUACUAUGGCUGACCCUGUAAAACAACACAUUACACUGCACCUAUCAUACUACUAUGGCUGACCCUGUAAAACAACACAUUACACUGCACCUAUCAUACUACUAUGGCUGACCCUGUAAAACAACACAUUACACUGCACCUAUCAUACUACUAUGGCUGACCCUGUAAAACAACACAUUACACUGGACCUAUCAUACUACUAUGGCUGACCCUGUAGAACAACACAUUACACUGGACCUAUCAUACUACUAUGGCUGACCCUGUAGAACAACACAUUACACUGCACCUAUCAUACUACUAUGGCUGACCCUGUAAAACAACACAUUACACUGGACCUAUCAUACUACUAUGGCUGACCCUGUAAAACAACACAUUACACUGGACCUAUCAUACUACUAUGGCUGACCCUGUAAAACAACAAAUGUCCAUUAAAACAGUUGUAUUUGUUGUUAUUGAGUAAAAUAUUUACAUUUUAUAGCGAUAUUACUUUUUGUCCAUAUCGCCUCCCCCAAAAAAUAAUUUAUCGCUGAUUUGUCGUUAGCGUUAAAAAUGGGUCCAUUUAUCAUGAUAUAGAUUUUAGUCCAUAUCACUCCGCUCUAAUAGAGACACAGACAUUGCUUACCCACAGGUACACGGCUCUUUCAUUGGUUGCCAGUUAGAGAAGAGAUUGUUGUCAUGCCAAUGAAAUUCAUUGACGAGGUUCAUGUUUGUGUUUCCUCAUUGAUUUGAACCGUUAUAUAUUGUAUAUGAAUGUGUCUGUUUGUCCCUGUAUUGCCCUGUAGGUGGCAGACAUGCUCCUGGAGCUGUGUGUGACCGAGUUAGAAGACGUUGCCACCGACUCUCAGAGCGGUCGUCUGUCCUCUCAACCGGUAGUGGUGGAGAGCAGCCAUCCCUAUACCGACGACACCUCCACCAGCGGCACCGUCAAGAUACCAGGUAACUAUACCGACGACACCUCCACCAGCGGCACCGUCAAGAUACCAGGUAACUAUACCGACGACACCUCCACCAGCGGCACCGUCAAGAUACCAGGUAACUAUACUGACGACACCUCCACCAGCGGCACCGUCAAGAUACCAGGUAACUAUACUGACGACACCUCCACCAGCGGCACCGUCAAGAUACCAGGUAACUAAUAAACGUUUUAAAUACAAAUACAAUGCACUGGCAGACGGGAUGCUUUUUGCCCCUACCAAUAUGGCUGAAAUUAACAGAUAGCUGAUGCUUUGUGACCCUACCAAUAUGGCUAAAAUUAACAGACAUUUAUUUUGUGGCAAAAAAACAAAAACAAUCUUGAUCUCUGUGUGUUGGAGACAGAGGGACUGAGGGUGGAGUCUCUGUGUGUUGGAGACAGAGGGACUGAGGGUGGAGUCUCUGUGUGUUGGAGACAGAGGGACUGAGGGUGGAGUCUCUGUGUGUUGGAGACAGAGGGACUGAGGGUGGAGUCUCUGUGUUGGAGACAGAGGGACUGAGGGUGGAGUCUCUGUGUGUUGGAGACAGAGGGACUGAGGGUGGAGUCUCUGUGUGUUGGAGACAGAGGGACUGAGGGUGGAGUCUCUGUGUGUUGGAGACAGAGGGACUGAGGGUGGAGUCUCUGUGUGUUGUAGACAGAGGGACUGAGGGUGGAGUCUCUGUGUGUUGGAGACAGAGGGACUGAGGGUGGAGUCUCUGUGUGUUGGAGACAGAGGACUGAGGGUGGAGUCUCUGUGUGUUGGAGACAGAGGGACUGAGGGUGGAGUCUCUGUGUGUUGUAGACAGAGGGACUGAGGGUGGAGUCUCUGUGUGUUGGGGACUGAGGGACUGAGGGUGGAGUCUCUGUGUGUUGGAGACUGAGGGACUGAGGGUGGAGUCUCUGUGUGUUGGAGACUGAGGGACUGAGGGUGGAGUCUCUGUGUGUUGGAGACUGAGGGACUGAGGGUGGAGUCUCUGUGUGUUGGAGACAGAGGGACUGAGGGUGGAGUCUCUGUGUGUUGGAGACAGAGGGACUGAGGGUGGAGUCUCUGUGUGUUGGAGACAGAGGGACUGAGGGUGGAGUCUCUGUGUGUUGGAGACAGAGGGACUGAGGGUGGAGUCUCUGUGUGUUGGAGACAGAGGGACUGAGGGUGGAGUCUCUGUGUGUUGGAGACAGAGGGACUGAGGGUGGAGUCUCUGUGUGUUCUAGGUGCGGAGGGACUGAGGGUGGAGUUUGACCGCCAGUGUUCUGCAGAGAGACGACAUGACCCUCUCACCAUCAUGGACGGAGCCAAUAGGAUCAUCUCUGUCCGAUCAGGUGACCACAAGACACAACCCGAGCCUCCCAACACUUCAUUUGAUAUUAAAAGACAGUUCAGUUUCUGACAGUUGUCUUCAUUGUCUCGGUCUCCCCUCCCCCCUGUCUUUCUCAGGUCGUGAGUGGUCUGACUGGUCCAGUGAGUUGAGGAUCCCAGGUGAUGAGCUGAAGUGGAAGUUUACCAGCGAUGGAUCUGUCAACGGAUGGGGCUGGCGCUUCACAGUCUACCCUAUCAUGCCUGCUGCUGGUAUGUCUCACACACACUGCCGCUCCACCACACACUGCCGCUCCACCACACACUGCCGCUCCACCUCACACUGCCGCUCCACCUCACACUGCCGCUCCACCACACUGCCGCUCCACCACACACUGCCGCUCCACCACUCACUGCCGCUCCACCUCACACUGCCGCUCCACCACCAUGCCGCUCCACCACCAUGCCGCUCCACCUCACACUGCCGCUCCACCACCAUGCCGCUCCACCACCAUGCCGCUCCACCUCACACUGCCGCUCCACCUCACACUGCCGCUCCACCUCACACAGCCGCUCCACCUCACACUGCCGCUCCACCACACUGCCGCUCCACCACACACUGCCGCUCCACCACCAUGCCGCUCCACCACACACUGCCGCUCCACCACACACUGCCGCUCCACCACCAUGCCGCUCCACCACACACUGCCACUCCACCACUCACUGCCGCUCCACCACACACUGCCGCUCCACACACACUCACUGCCCGCUCCAACCACCACACUGCCGCCUCCCACCACACCACUGCCGCCCACACUCACACUGCCGCUCCACCACACUGCCGCUCCACCACACACUGCCGCUCCACCACACCCACCACUGCCGCUCCACCACACUGCCUCAUGCACACGCUCCACCUCACACUGCCGCUCCACCAACCAUGCCGCUCCAGCUCCACCAUGCCGCUCCCCACACUCACACUGCCGCUCCACCACCAUGCCGCUCCACACCCUCACACUGCCGCUCCACCUCACACUGCCGCUCCACCUCACACAUGCCGCUCCACCCAUCCACCACUGCCGCUCCACCACACUGCCGCUCCACCACUCACUGCCGCUCCACCACACACUGCCGCUCCCACCCACACAUGGCUCCACCACAUGCCUCCACCACACACUGCGCUCCCACCACCACACUGCCGCUCCACCACCAUGCCGCUCCACCACCACACUGCCCUCCACCCUCACACUGCCGCUCCACCACACACUGCCGCUCCACCUCACACUGCCGCUCCACCCACUGCGUCCCACACCACGCCACUGCCACACCAUGCCUCCACCACACAUGCCGCUCCACCACAACACUGCCGCUCCACCACCAUGGCCAAGCUCCACCACAUCCACUCACAUGCCGCUCCACCACACACUGCCGCUACCACCACCAAUGCCGUCUCACACCACACACUGCCCUCCACCACUCACUGCCGCUCCACCACACACUGCCGCUCCACUCACACUGCCGCUCCACCACACACUGCCGCUCCACCACACACUGCCGCUCCACCACACACUGCCGCUCCACCUCACACUGCCGCUCCACCACACACUGCCGCUCCACCUCACACUGCCGCUCCACCUCACACUGCCGCUCCACCUCACACUGCCACUCCACCACACACUCACACACACAUGCCCUGACGUAGUCUGUAGUAAGUUGUUCAUGUCCUGUACAACUGACUGUCUCUGCCCCCCAGGCCCCAAAGACCUUCUGUCUGACCGCUGCAUCCUGUCCUCUCCCUCCAUGGACCUGGUGACCUGCCUGCUGGACUUCAGGCUCAACUUAGCCUCCAACAGGAGUAUCGUACCCCGCCUGGCAGCCUCCCUGGCUGCCUGCGCCCAGCUCAGUGCCCUGGGUACGAAGACCACGUCACACCUCUCAGUGCCCUAUUACCUACAGUGCAUAGGGAAAGUAUUCAGACCCCUCGACUUUUUCCAGAUGUUACGUUACAGCCUUAUUCUAAAAUUGAUUAAAUUGUUUUUUGUCCCUCAAUCUACACACAAUACCCCAUAAUGACAAAGCAAAAACAGGUUUUUAUAAAUGUUUUUUACAUUUACAUAAGUAUUCAGACCCUUUACUCAGUACUUUGUUGAAGCACCUUUGGCAGCGAUUACAGCCUUGAGCGCUACAAGUUUGGCACACCUGUAUUUGGGGAGUUUCUCACAUUCUUCUCUGCAGAUCCUCUCAAGCGCUGUCAGGAUGGAUGGGGAGCGUCGCUGCACAGCUAUUUUCAGGUCUCUCAAGAGAUGUUCGAUCGGGUUCAAGUCCGGGCUCUGGCUGGGCCACUCAAGGACAUUGACACUUGUCCCAAAGCCAAUCCUGCGUUGUCUUGGCUGUGUGGUUAGGGUCGUGGUCCUGUUUGAAGGUGAACCUUCACCCCAGUCUGAGGUCCACCCUAGGGAUUGUUCCAGGUUCCCUCCAGACGUGACGCUUGGCAUUCAGGCCAAAGAGUUCAAUCUUGGUUUCAUCAGACCAGAGAAUCUUGUUUCUCAUGGUCUGAGAGUCCUUUAGGUGCCUUUUGGCGAACUCCAAGCGGGCUGUCAUGUGCCUUUUACUGAGGAGUGGCUUCCGUCUGGUCACUCUACCAUAAAGGCCUGAUUGGUGGAGUGCUGCAGAGAUGGUGGUCCUUCUGGAAGGUUCUCCCAUCUCCACAGAGGAACUCUGGAGCUCUGUCAAAGUGACCAUCAGGUUCUUGGUCACCUCCCUGACCAAGGCCCUUCUCCCCCGAUUGCUCAGUUUGGCCGGGCGGCCAGCUCUAGGAAGAGUCUUGGUGGUUCCAAACUUCUUACAUUUAAGAAUGAUGGAGGCCACUGUGUUCUUGGGGACCUUCAAUGCUGCAGAAUUGUUUUAGUACCCUUCCCUCGACACAAUCCUGUCUCGGAGCUCUACGGACAAUUCCUUCAACCUCAUGGCUUGGUUUCUGCUCUGACAUGCACUGUCAACUGUGGGACCUUAUAUAGACAGGUGUGUGCCUUUCCAAAAAGGAAACCUGGCACCAUCCCUACGUGAAGCAUGGUGGUGGCAGCAUCAUGCUGUGGGGAUGUUUUUCAGCGGCAGGGACUGGGAGACUAGUCAGGAUCGAGGGAAAGAUGAACGGAGCAAAGUAAAGAGAGAUCCUUGAUGAAAACCUGCUCCAGAGCGCUCAGGACCUCAGACUGGGGCAAAGGUUCACCUUCCAACAGGACAACGACCCUAAGCACACAGCCAAGACAACGCAGGAGUGUCUUCGGGACAAGUCUCUGAAUGUCCUUGAGUGGCCCAGCCAGAGCUCGGACUUGAACCCAAUCUAACAUCUCUGGAGAGACCUGAAAAUAGCUGUGCAGCGACGCUCCCCAUCCAACCUGACAGAGCUUGAGAGGAUCUGCAGAGAAGAAUGGGAGAAACUCUCCAAAUACUGGUGUGCCAAGCUUGUAGCGUCAUACCCAAGAAGACUCAAGGUUGUAAUCGCUGCCAAAGGUACUUCAACAAAGUACUGAGUAAAGGGCCUGAAUACUUAUGUAAAUGUAAUAUUUCCAUUUCUUUUAUUUUUAAUACAUUUACAAAAAUGUCUAAAAACCUGUUUUUGCUUUGUCAUUUUGGGGUAUUGUGUGUAGAUUGAGGGACAAAAAAAACAAUUUUAAUCAAUUUUAGAAUAAGGCUGUAACGUAACAAAAUGUGGAAAAAAUCAAGGGGUCUGAAUACUUUCCGAAUGCACUGUCUCCUCUGUUUCAUUGGAUAGUACUGACCCGGUCUCCUCUGUUUCAUUGUAUAGUACUGACCCGGUCUCCUCUGUUUCAUUGGAUAGUACUGACCCGGUCUCCUCUGUUUCAUUGGAUAGUACUGACCCGGUCUCCUCUGUUUCAUUGUAUAGUACUGACCCGGUCUCCUCUGUUUCAUUGUAUAGUACUGACCCGGUCUCCUCUGUACUGAUUAGCAUGUAUUAUUUGUCUUGUAGCAGCAGGACAUCGUAUGUGGGCUCUUCAGAGGCUCCGUAAGCUGCUGACCACAGAGUAUGGCCAGUCCAUCAACAUCACCAGGCUGCUUGGGGACAGCGAAGGAGAGGCUCGCUCCAUGAGUUUUACAGGCAGUGCGCUGGCUGCCCUGGUGAAGGGUCUUCCUGAGGCUCUCCAGAGGCAGUAUGAAUACGAGGACCCCAUAGUCAGGGGAGGAAAACAGCUUCUGCACAGCCCCUUCUUCAAGGUAGAGUACAGCCCCUUCUUCAAGGUAGAGUACAGCCCCUUCUUCAAGGUAGAGCACAGCCCCUUCUUCAAGGUAGAGCACAGCCCCUUCUUCAAGGUAGAGUGGGUGUGGGGGGAGGGGGGGUGUUGGACCUGGUGUUUUAACUGACUGUUACCUUCAGAGGGGAAGUUGUAAUCAGUGUGUGUUUACCAUUCUAGAUGUAGUUUCUAUUUGCGGUUAGAUGUCAUUUUGAAUCAGUCUGUUUGUUUUAGGUGCUGGUGGCUCUAGCCUGUGAUCUGGAGUUGGACAUCCUACCCUGCUGUGCUGAGACACAUAAGUGGGCGUGGUUCCGCCGGUACUGCACUGCCUCCAGAGUGGCUGUCGCUCUGGACAAGAGGACUCCUCAGCCACGCCCCUUCCUGGAUGAGGUGGGUUGGGCAAGACAGGCCAUCAUUACAACUGUUCAUAUACACUAUUUAUACAGCAGUAUGUGGACACCCCUUCAUCACAUUUCUGCCCUGCUAGAGGUGCCCCCCGGUCAACUGUAAGUGCUGUUAUUGUGAAGUGGAAAUGUCUAGGAGCAACAACGGCUCAGCCGCGAAGUGGUAGGCCACACAAGCUCACAGAACGGGACCGCCGAGUGCUGAAGAGCGUAGCGUGUAAAAAAUGGUCUGUCUUCGGUUGCAACACUCACUACCGAGUUCCAAACUCUGGAAGCAACGUCAGCACAAGAACUGUUCGUCUGGAGUUUCAUGAAAUGGGUUUCCAUGGCCAAGCAGCCGCACACAAUCCCUAAGAUCACCAUGCGCAAGGCCAAGCGUCGGCUGGAGUGGUAUAAAGCUUGCCUCCAUUGGACUCUGGAGCAGUGGAAACGCGUUCUCUGGAGUGAUGAUUCGUCCGAUGGACGAAUCUGGGUUUGGCGAGUGCCAGGCGAACGCUUCCUGCCCGAAUGCAUUGUGCCAACUGUAACUUUUGGUGGAGGAGGAAUAAUGGUCUGGGGCUGUUUUUCAUGGUUCGGGCUAGGCCCCUUAGUUCCAGUGAAAGGAAAUCUUAACGCUACAGCAUUCAAUGACAUUCUAGACGAUUCUGUGCUUCCAACUUUGUGGCAAAGGUUUGGGGAAGGCCCUUUCCUCUUUCAGCAUGACAAUGCCCCUGUGCACAAAUAGAGGUCCAUGCAGAAAUGGUUUGUCGGGAUCGGUGUGGAAGAACAUGACUGGCCUGCACAGAGCCCUGACCUCAACCCCAUCGAACACCUUUGGGAUGAAUUGGAACGCGGACUGCGAGCCAGGCCUAAUCGCCCAACAUCAGUGACCGACCUCACUAAUGCUCUUGUGGCUGAAUGGAAGCAAGUCCCCUCAGCAAUGUUCCAACAUCUAGUGGAAAGCCUUCCCAGAAGAGUGGAGGCUGUUAUAGCAGCAAAGGGGGGACCAACUCCAUAUUAAUGCCCAUGAUGUUGGAUUGAGAUGUUGGACCAGCAGGUGUCCACAUACUUUUGGUCAUGUAGUGUAUCAUCACUCUUUGAUCCAACCAGUCAAUAGAGGUCAAUCACUUUUCCUUUCCUUCAAAUGACCACAAUGGAAAUAAGUUGUUCAAUUUAUUGGUGUUAUCCUCAAUGAUUUUAAAUGCAGUGUAUCCCCCCCAAAAACAUCUAAUACAUUAUCUUUCAACCACUACCCCUCUGUAGGAAGAUCUGGACAUUAUCUCUAACCACUAUACCCCUCUGUAGGAAGAUCUGGACAUUAUCUCUAACCACUCUACCCCUCUGUAGGAAGAUCUGGACAUUAUCUCUAACCACUAUACCCCUCUGUAGGAAGAUCUGGACAUUAUCUCUAACCACUAUACCCCUCUGUAGGAAGAUCUGGACAUUAUCUCUAACCACUAUACCCCUCUGUAGGAAGAUCUGGACAUUAUCUCUAACCACUAUACCCCUCUGUAGGAAGAUCUGGACAUUAUCUCUAACCACUCUACCCCUCUGUAGGAAGAUCUGGACAUUAUCUCUAACCACUAUACCCCUCUGUAGGAAGAUCUGGACAUUAUCUCUAACCACUCUACCCCUCUGUAGGAAGAUCUGGACAUUAUCUCUAACCACUAUACCCCUCUGUAGGAAGAUCUGGACAUUAUCUCUAACCACUCUACCCCUCUGUAGGAAGAUCUGGACAUGAUCUUUAACCACUAUACCCCUCUGUAGGAAGAUCUGGACAUUAUCUCUAACCACUCUACCCCUCUGUAGGAAGAUCUGGACAUUAUCUCUAACCACUAUACCCCUCUGUAGGAAGAUCUGGACAUUAUCUCUAACCACUAUACCCCUCUGUAGGAAGAUCUGGACAUUAUCUCUAACCACUAUACCCCUCUGUAGGUGACUAAGAAGAUCUGUGAGUUGAUGGCUGACUGUGAGGUGAUGAAUGUCCUCCAUGAGAGCCACGACCUGUUUAAGCGGGAACAGGACGAACAGCUGGUCCAGUGGAUGAACAGGAGACCUGACGACUGGACACUGUCUGCAGGGGGUUCCGGGACCAUCUACGGCUGGGGUCACAACCACCGGGGACAGCUGGGGGGCAUUGAGGGGGCAAAGGUCAAGGUCCCCACCCCCACAGAGGCCCUAGCGACUCUGAGGCCUGUUCAGCUGAUAGGAGGGGAGCAAACCCUGUUUGCUGUCACUGCUGACGGAAAGGUAAAGACCAGUAGAGACCUGGUAGAGUCCCGUAGACACCUGGUAGAGACCUGGUAGAGUUCAGGAAGAGACCUGGUAUAGACCAGUAUAGACCUAGUAGAGUUCCGUAGACACCUGGUAGAGACCUGGUAGAUACCGGUAGAGUCCUAGUAGAGUUCAGGAAGAGACCUAGUAGAGUUCAGGAAGAGACCUGGUAGAGUCCUAGUAGAGUCUGGUAGAGACCUAGUAGAGACCGGUAGAGACCAGGAAGAGGCCUGGUAGAGUUCAGGAAGAGACCUAGUAGAGUUCAGGAAGAGACCUAGUAGAGUUCAGGAAGAGACCUAGUAGAGUUCAGGAAGAGAACUAGUAGAGUUCAGGAAGAGAACUAGUAGAGUUCAGGAAGAGACCUAGUAGAGACCUAGUAGAGUUCAGGAAGAGACCUAGUAGAGUUCAGGAAGAGACCUAGUAGAGUUCAGGAAGAGACCUAGUAGAGACCGGUAGAGACCAGGAAGAGGCCUGGUAGAGUUCAGGAAGAGACCUAGUAGAGUUCAGGAAGAGACCUAGUAGAGUUCAGGAAGAGACCUAGUAGAGACCUAGUAGAGUUCAGGAAGAGACCUAGUAGAGUUCAGGAAGAGACCUAGUAGAGUUCAGGAAGAGACCUAGUAGAGACCUAGUAGAGUUCAGGAAGAGAACUAGUAGAGUUCAGGAAGAGACCUAGUAGAGUUCAGGAAGAGACCUAGUAGAGACCGGUAGAGACCAGGAAGAGGCCUGGUAGAGUCCGGAAGAGUCCUAGUAGAGUUCAGGAAGAGACCUAGUAGAGUUCAGGAAGAGACCUAGUAGAGUUCAGGAGGAGACCUGGUAGAGUCCGGUAGAGACCUAGUAGAGUUCAGGAAUUGACCUAGUAGAGUUCAGGAAGAGACCUGGUAGAGUCCGGUAGAGACCUAGUAGAGUUCAGGAAGAGACCUGGUAGAGUUCAGGAAGAGACCUGGUAGAGACCUAGUAGAGUUCAGGAAGAGACAUGGUAGAGUCCGGUAGAGACCUAGUAGAGACCAGGAAGAGGCCUGGUAGAGUCCGGAAGAGUCCUAGUAGAGUUCAGGAAGAGACCUAGGAGAGUUCAGGAAGAGACCUGGUAGAGUUCAGGAAGAGACCUAGGAGAGUUCAGGAAGAGACCUAGGAGAGUUCAGGAAGAGAACUAGUAGAGUUCAGGAAGAGACCUAGUAGAGUUCAGGAAGAGACCUAGUAGAGUUCAGGAGGAGACCUAGUAGAGUUCAGGAAGAGACCUGGUAGAGUCUGGUAGAGUUCAGGAAGAGAACUAGUAGAGUUCAGGAAGAGACAGAGUAGAGUCCAGUAGAGUUCAGGAAGAGACCUGGUAGAGUUCAGGAAGAGACCUAGUAGAGUUCAGGAAGAGACCUGGUAGAGUUCAGGAAGAGACCUAGUAGAGUUCAGGAAGAGACCUGGUAGAGUUCAGGAAGAGACCUGGUAGAGUUCAGGAAGAGUCCUAGUAGAGUUCAGGAGGAGACCUGGUAGAGUUCAGGAAGAGACCUGGUAGAGUUCAGGAAGAGUCCUAGUAGAGUUCAGGAAGAGACCUAGGAGAGUUCAGGAAGAGACCUAGUAGAGUUCAGGAAGAGAACUAGUAGAGUUCAGGAAGAGACAGAGUAGAGUCCAGUAGAGUUCAGGAAGAGACCUGGUAGAGUUCAGGAAGAGACCUAGUAGAGUUCAGGAAGAGACCUGGUAGAGUUCAGGAAGAGACCUGGUAGAGUUCAGGAAGAGACCUGGUAGAGUCUGGUAGAGUUCAGGAAGAGAACUAGUAGAGUUCAGGAAGAGACCGAGUAGAGUUCAGGAAGAGACCUAGUAGAGUUCAGGAAGAGACCUAGUAGAGUUCAGGAAGAGACCUAGUAGAGUUCAGGAAGAGACCUAGCAGAGUUCAGGAAGAGACCUGGUAGAGUUCAGGAAGAGUCCUAGUAGAGUUCAGGAGGAGACCUGGUAGAGUUCAGGAAGAGUCCUAGUAGAGUUCAGGAAGAGUCCUAGUAGAGUUCAGGAAGAGACCUAGGAGAGUUCAGGAAGAGACCUAGUAGAGUUCAGGAAGAGAACUAGUAGAGUUCAGGAAGAGACCGAGUAGAGUCCAGUAGAGUUCAGGAAGAGACCUGGUAGAGUUCAGGAAGAGACCUAGUAGAGUUCAGGAAGAGACCUGGUAGAGUUCAGGAAGAGACCUGGUAGAGUUCAGGAAGAGACCUAGUAGAGUUCAGGAAGAGACCUGGUAGAGUUCAGGAAGAGACCUGGUAGAGUUCAGGAAGAGACCUAGUAGAGACCAGGAAGAGGCCUGGUAGAGUCCUAGUAGAGACCUAGUAGAGUUCAGGAAGAGACCUAGUAGAGUUCAGGAAGAGACCUGGUAGAGUUCAGGAAGAGACCUGGUAGAGUUCAGGAAGAUAACUAGUAGAGUUCAGGAAGAGACCGAGUAGAGUCCAGUAGAGUUCAGGAAGAGACCUGGUAGAGUUCAGGAAGAGUCCUAGUAGAGUUCAGGAAGAGUCCUAGUAGAGUUCAGGAAGAGACCUGGUAGAGUUCAGGAAGAGUCCUAGUAGGCUACAGUAUGUGACUGUUGUCUGUCUUCCUCCAGCUGUAUGCUACCGGUUACGGUGCGGGGGGCCGGCUGGGUAUUGGAGGAACAGAGUCUGUGUCCACCCCCACUCUGUUGGAGUCCAUCCAGCAUGUAUUCAUCAGGAAGGUGGCAGUGAACAGCGGAGGGAAACACUGCCUAGCCCUGUCCUCUGAGGGAGAGGUCUACUCCUGGGGAGAGGCUGAGGACGGAAAACUGGGACACGGCAACAGG